CUUUCGGGCAGUGUCGAUACGAUCGCCGUACUCGUUCGAGCGUUAAGGUGCGAGAGGUACGAAAAAGGGAGACGAGAGGAAGUGAAGGAGAGACCAGUUUCUCGACCAAGUUGGAAUAAUUCGGUUCUAUUUCGGAAAUUAUCCAAGAAUCAACGUCAAGAUGUACAAGUUCGCAAUAAUCGGCGCACUCUUCGUGGUAUCCACCCUCGCUGCACCGGCCUCGCAGGACGCGGCGGCCUCACCGCCACCGUCGAUCCUCGAGGAGGCCCUCGACGUGUAUGCCUCUUGCUCCGCUGAAUCGAGCGUCGCGGUGUGUCUCAAACUGAAGGCCCUCCGCUACGUCGACCGAGUCGUCCGCUCGGCCGACAUCGAAGUCGUCGAUGGAUUCAAGAUCGUGCAGACCGAGGAGGCUAAAAACAGCCGGGCUGACAAUGCAAGGUCUCUGAAUGACAUUGAAAGUACCUUACCAGCUGAGACCGAAGCCAAGGAAGCUGCAAUUGAUCAGGCCCUCGUCGACAGAGCUUCCAAGUUCUUAUCUACCCAUACUGUCGAAUUGAGUCUCCCGGAAGAUGUUGCCCGUUCCUUCGAUGAAGCUCGUGGAAAGAAGAAGAAGAUCGUUAAAUCUCUGUUGCCCAUCCUUCUCCUUUUGAAACUGAAGGCUGCCGCCCUUAUCCCGAUCGCCCUUGGUGCUUUGGCUCUGAUUGCUGUUAAGGCUUUGAUCAUCGGCAAGAUCGCCCUUGUCAUCAGCUUGAUCAUCGCCCUGCAGAAAUUACUCGCUUACAAGAGCCAAAGUUACGAGGUAGUCGCUCAUCCCGUCCAUGACUAUGGACACGACGUACACCACGAUCAUCACGGCUGGGCAAGAUCGGCGCCCGGCUCUGAUCUCGCGUACAACGCGUACAAACCCGCUGAAUAGCUCAAUGUCAAGUACAACUUCUCUUCCUUCUAACUUUCUACCUUCAUUUCGCCAAAGUGAUCGUCUUUAACCCGGCGAUCACCUGAGGGUGGCGUGGCUCAACCUCUCAGGGAUCCGCUCGACAGGCUCUCAGCUCGACAACGCGGACACUUGUUGAUGCAACAACGACCAGAUCGAACGCAAUUCUACACGGACUUACAGGCAAACUACGACUGUUAAACGAGGACGAUUUACCGGAUUUUUAACCGUACGUGACUCGACGACUCGACAGUGUCGAAGCCGAUAAAGAUAUGCUAUCGACCGCCAUAGAUGAAAGUUCGACGUACAUUACGACGGGAAUUUAUUUGAUUAAUCAUGACGAAUGACGGUAUCCAGAGAUUAUGAGAAUCUUAGAAUUCUUCAGAUAGUGGAACCUGACAGAAAUCACGCCCCCUCGAUCAUACACUCGUGCGGUAUCCUUUCAGGGUCAUCCGCGUCUAUCGCACGCGGAACGAACUCGUAGUCAGUACUCGCGCGGGACCACCAGAUUUAAUCCAAUGAUUAUUUAUAUAUCGAUCAUCAUGUGUAAC